AUGUUGAGAAAUAAAACCAAACCCCUUCUUUCAAAUUCUCAAGCUUCAAUAUUCCGUUAUCUGGCACCACAACCUUCCCUGCCCCAAAUCAAGCAAACCCAUGCACACGUCGUCGUUUGGGGCCAUGCUCGUCUCACCGUUCACCUUCUCUCUCUACUUUCUUUCUCCUCCACUGUUCCUUUCCCUCUCCGAUACUCACUCUCUCUCUUCAGCUCAAUUCCGUUCCCCACUGUAUUUGCCUUCAACUCCCUCAUCCGCUGCCACGCCAAAGCCAACUCGUCGCCGUCUCUCUCUCUUUCUCUGUACUCCGCAAUGCGACGCCGUUUUCUCAACCCCAAUCAGCACACCUUCACCUUCCUGCUCCAUGCCUGCUCCAAGAACUUAAAAAUCAAGGUAAACAACAGGUUGGGUGUUCAAGUUCAUGUGCACGUGAUCAAGCUCGGUUAUGCUUGCCACGUGUUUGUCCGGAACGCUCUGAUUCACUUCUAUUUCGAGUGUGGUGAUGCUGAUUCUUCCCAGAGAGUGUUUGAGGAAGAUGCCCUUUGCAGCGACGUGGUCACGUGGAACUCCAUGCUGGCUGGUGCAGUGAGAAAUGGGGAUGUUCGGGUUGCGGAGAAGAUGUUUGGUGAAAUGCCUGAAAGGGAUGUUGUUUCUUGGAGUACUAUGAUAAUGGGGUAUGUUCAAAAUGGACUUUUUGAAGAUGGGUUGGAGUGUUUUAGAGACAUGAGGAAGAAGAGAGUGAGACCAAAUGAAGCUAUAUUGGUUACCUUGCUUUCGGUUUCGGCUCAGUUGGGUUUGCUUUGUUAUGGGAGAUUCAUUCAUUCCACCAUUGAGGCAAUGAGAUUUCCAAUGACGGUUCAUAUAGGGACUGCUUUGGUAGACAUGUAUGCAAAGUGUGGUUGUAUUGAAAAGGCGAGAAUCUUGUUUGAUGGGAUGGUGAAUAAGGAUGUGUGGACGUGGAAUGUUAUGAUCUGCGGUCUUGCUUCGCAUGAUUGCGCCAAGGAGGCGCUCGCACUAUUUGACAGGUUCAUUGAUGAAGGCUUUCUUCCUGUGAAUGUGACAUUUGUGGGUGUACUUAAUGCUUGUAGUAGGGCUGGUCUGGUUGGUGGAGGGAAGCAUUAUUUUAAGUUGAUGGUAGAUGGUUAUGGCAUUCAGCCCGAGAUGGAGCACUAUGGGUGCAUGGUUGAUCUCCUUGCUCGUGCCGGUUUAGUUGAUGAGGCAGUUAAGUUGAUUGAGGGAAUGGCAAUUACGCCUGAUCCUGUGAUGUGGGCGACGCUGCUUGAUGCAUGUAAGCUUCAUGGAUAUGUGGAAAUGGGGGAGAAGAUUGGGAAUGAGUUGAUAGAGUUGGACCCAACCCAUGACGGGCAUUAUGUGCAGUUAGCUGGAAUAUAUGCGAAAGAGAGAAAGUGGGAGGAUGUAGUUAGAAUUCGGGAAUUAUUGAGUGAGAGAAUUGCCGGCAAAGUUGCUGGUUGGAGUUUGGUUGAACUGCAGGGUAGAGUUCAUCGCUUUGUUGCUGGGGAUAGAGAGCAUGAAUGUUCUUCAGAUAUUUACAAAAUGCUUGAAACAAUUGGACUGAGGAUAACUGAAGCAGGUUUACUAACUGAAACGUUUUGA